UCACUCCAGGGUUUGAGAGAUGGCUAGAUGAGUAAUGGUUCGUGACUUAGUAGCUAGGAUUUUAUUUUUGUGAUUUUAGGGGUUUGAGAUGACCUGAUAUCUCCACCUCAACUUGACCAAAGCCUGGUUUCAGAAGCAUCAGCAGCUCUCGUGGGCCAAAGAUUGCAAUGGCAGGGCUUUCUUUGGGAUCUGCAGCAUGUCUAGCGCCAGUAUCAGGUUUCUGGGGUUGUGGCAGUUGUAGAUAAAGAGCGACAAACAGCAGAAAGAGCAAACAGAAGCAACUCAAAGAGUCGUACAGAAAUCAAAAAGUUCUUGGAAGAGCCAAAUCAGAGAGAGAGAGAGCAGGAUUCUGGAUUUCCAGAGGAAUCAUGAGCAAACAGUGAGGCCUAUCCACCAAGUUACAGCCCCAAAACAACAAGAACCACAAGAACAAGAUCUUGGCACGAGCACCCACUACCAACAUAUCCAACUCCUCCAAAACUGUCAACCACUUGGUCAAGCCGUAAAUUCCCACCAAACAGAAGCACCCAACAAACAAAAUUUGGAACCAAACCAGAGGCAAUGAAAAGCACAGACAAACUACGGGUAUGAAGAGCACCGGAGGAGAGAUAGUCCAAGUCCAAGGUGGCCACAUUGUCCGAUCCACAGGACGCAAAGACAGGCACAGCAAGGUCUACACGUCGAAAGGUCCCCGGGACCGUCGGGUCCGGCUCUCAGCGCACACUGCCAUUCAAUUCUAUGAUGUUCAAGACCGUUUAGGCUACGACCGGCCCAGCAAAGCGGUGGACUGGCUCAUCAAGAAGGCGAAGACCGCCAUUGACAAGCUAGCUGAGCUACCACCAUGGCAUCCACCUGGUACUUCUAAUUCUACAGCUGUACAACAACCAGACCCAAAUGCAGGCUCAGCAGAAUUGACAAUAGCCGAGCAAUCAGAGUCUUCUGGCUACGACUUUCUGCUCCACAGGCAACUAGCGGGGAACCCAGACGACAAUUCAGCCUUCAUCCCACCAUCUCUAGACUCUGAAGCCAUCAAAGAUACCUUUAAAUCUUUAUUCCCCACAAGCUCUGCAACAUCUUCUCUAAAUUUCCAGAGCUACCCAUCUGAUAUAAUUUCAAGAGCCUCCAACCCCUCCGAAGAUCUUGGUCUAUCCCUCCACUCUUUCCAGGAUCAUUCAACUCCAAACGACCAUAACCUCUUCGCGGGCUCGGCUUCGAUGGGGUUUGACAUCAAUUACCAAAGAAUGGUGGCGUGGAACAGCGACACAAGCGCGGAACACAGAGGUGAUUUUGUCUUCAACUCACAAACGUUGCCACAACAAGCAUUACUGGGCCAAGGCUCAGCAUUUUCACAGAGGGGACCCCUUCAGUCCAGUUUUGCACCCCCGUUCCGCGCUUGGGAUGAUCUUUCCAUUGCCACAUCGGACCACCACAAAACACUGCCAAUUCACCAGUCUUUGGUCUGUGGAAGCCGGUUUGCCACUGAUACAUUAUCGGGCUUUUGCAUUCCCGCCACGAUUCGAGGUGAUGAAGAGCGGAGUGCCAAUAAGCCGUCCUCUGCGUCUUCCAACUCCCGCCAUUGAUUGAACAAGAACUGAACUGUCUUCCUCACCAUUAGGAUAGGACAUUUAAUCAGAUAGUGGCAAAGGGAAGGAAGCAUAAGGGCCUUUGCACCUUUGAUUCAUCACCUGCUGAUGGAGGUUCACAAGCUCUAUUCUCUACUUGAUUCAGAAAAGUUAAAAAAGCUUGGUGGCUUGAAAGGCUAGUGCAUCCUCACUACAGAAUAAUUGAUUAUUUGCGUCAAAAUAAGCUUAUAUGCUAUGAUUCAGAUUCUAAGUCUCCUUCCAUUUGUCAAAAGGGCAAAUCUUGUGUUUACCAUUUUUAGCUAUUACUACUGACAAUAGUACUCCUUUCUUUAAAAUACAUUGUGACUUAUGGGGACCAGCCCCCAUUAUCUCUAAAGACAAGUUUCAGUUCCAUUUGAUUUUUACUGAUGACU